AUGCAGCUUCCACUGCUAGCACCACCAUUCUCCAUCUUCAAACUUCUUAUACUAAUAACAUCACAAGCCAUUCCCAUUUUCACACUCUCCCCAUGCAAGAACUCAUGUGGUAGCAUUCCCAUAAACUACCCAUUUGGCCUAGAAGAUGGGUGUGGAGCACCCCAGUUCAGGCACAUGCUAAACUGCACCACUGACUUGUUCUUUCAAACCCCAUCAGGUGCUUACAAAGUUCAAUCCAUUGACUAUGACAAAAAAUCCAUGGUAAUAUAUGACCCUUCAAUGUCCACUUGCUCUAUUCUUCAGCCUCAUCAUGACUUUGUCAUGACUGAUAUUCAAUCCGCUAUAAUCCCCCCAUCACAAGACACAGUUUUUGUGCUACUAAACUGCUCCAUAGACUCCCCUGUUCUCAACCACUACAAGUACCUUUGCUUCAACUUUGCGGGUCACACCUGUGAUGAGCUUUAUGGGGCCUGCAAUGCCUUCAGGGUCUUCCAUUUGUUGACAAACAGUUCCCCUCCGUGUUGUUUCACCAGUUACAAUACGGUUAAGUUCAUGAGCAUGAACAUCUUGGACUGCACACAUUAUACUAGUGUGUUAAACACUGACAAUUUAAAGGUGUUGGCCCUUUGGACUGGGUUUAUGGGAUUAAGCUUUCUUUCAGCGUACCUGAUAUUGGGUGCGAAAGUUGCAAACAGUCUGGUGGGACGUGUGGGUUUGAUACUGAUACAGAAGGUUUGUUAUGUCUGUGCUCAAGUUCCACUAAUUCAACAGGGGAAUGUGACUUCGAAAUUGGGCAUAGCGUGGUUAGAAGUUGAAAGUUGUCUAUUCUCUAGUGAUGAAAAAUGGCUUACUAAAACAGAAGGGAUAUGUCAUCUUCAUUUUGCAUGUUCGCAAUGGGCAUGA